GAAGCGGACGCGCCGGAAAGCGGAAGAGAAGGCCGGGCUGCUUCCGGGCCGGUCGAGAAGAUGGCGGCGGGGACGGUGGCGCUGGAGCGGCUGAGGUGGCGGCUGGAGGAGCUGGAGCAGCGCCUCGGCGGUGGGGCCUGCGAGCCUCGUAAGGUGGCGGACGAGCUGGUGAAGGUGCAGGUGGCGCUGAGCAACAUCGCCGGCAAGAGGGAGCGGGUCAAGAUCCUGUUUAAGAAAAUUGAAGAUGUAAUAAAAUACCUUGACCCUCAGUACAUUGACAGGAUGGCUGUUCCAGACACCAUGAAGCAGCAGUUCAUCUUGGCAGAGGAGCAGGUCAUUCCUUCCCGAGCAGCCCUCUUGGAGCAGGUGAAGAACCUCCAGCCCGUCUUAGACAGUGCCUCUAUCCAAGCCGUUCCUGACCACGCAGCGAAACUGCAGCGACUCUCCCAAAUCCAGAUGCAGCAGCAGGAUCAGUGCAAGCAGUUUUCUGAUGGUGUCAAGAUGCUCCUUGAAGACUACAACAAAACGACCCUGCUUCUGUCCAAGCAGUUCGUCCAGUGGAAUGAAAUACUGAUGCAGCUGGAAGCAGCCAAGGAAGCGAAACCUGUGGCAGAGUGAUGGCAGAGCUGGGAAUCCGGAGAACCGCAGCUGGGGCCUUGGGAUUCUUCUGGCCUUGGGUCACUCAGGAGGUGCUGCAGCACAGCCUGCACUCUCUAGUCUCAGCAUCUUUCCGCUCUGUGAAUGUGCUGCAAGUGACAUUGCAGGCUCUUGGGGGCACCCUGGCUUUGCAGCUGCACUGCGGUCACCCUGAAUCAAAGCCACACUCCUGGUAUUCCCUUAAUAUGCCACUGUUUGUCGAUCUCGCACUUCCUUAUGUCUCGGUUUGUAACAUAUUUAAAAAUCCCUUCCUGCUGUUACUGUGGACCAUAAUAAAGCCCUGAAACACUA